AUGACCUUCAGCUGUUCUUACAGUGCGAUAUGGCGGACGGUCUCUCCUGCCCCGCCUGCUACUGCUGGCAGCACUCUUCGCUCACAGUGGGCCACACCUAAUACUGCUGUACGUCUUGCUGUGCGUUGCCACUUACCGACCACUGAGCGUGCGCACUUUAGCCAGUACAAGAGUGCUAAGACCUUGUACGACGCUGUAGUUGCACGCUACUCCUCCCCUGCCUCUGCUGCGCUUAGCCGCCUCAUGCUGCCGUACCUGUUCCCUGACCUUUCUGCCUUUCCCACAGUCGCUGACCUCAUUACGCACCUUCGCACUAGUGACACUCGCUACCGCGCUGCGCUUCCCGCUAAGUUCUCUGCCAAGAACCCCCCCCCCAUGUACAUCACCCUCUACUAUGUAGGGUGUUCUCCCUCCCCCCUCUUGCCCUUUGUUGCUUCUGCUGCUGCGGCCGACCUCGUUGGCUUCGAGUCGGUCGGCGCUGCGUCUGUCCCUAGCGGGAAGCGCCGCACCGGCAAGGGCAAAGGGGGCAAGGGCGCUGGGGGGGCCAUUGGGGGCGGUGGAGGUGGUGGUGGAGGCAAUGGAGGGGGUGGGGGUGGUGGUGGGAGUGGUGGUGGGGGUGGAGGGGUCGGUGGCAGCAGUGGAGGCGGAGGAGGCGGCGGGGGUGGCGGAGGGAGCGGAGGCGGCGGUGGUGGCGGAGGCGGCGGAGGUGGCGGAGGCGGUGGAGGUGGUGGUGGAGCUGGACGCGGCUCUGCGCAGAGGAGUGGCUCCGGUGGUGGUCCGCGCCAGCAGCAGCAGCGCGGUCGUGAGACCCUGUCCCCUCAGCAGCUUCGUGAGUGGUACUCUGGGCGUCAGCGGGUUGGGGGUGCUGGUCCCUGCACCUACGUCCUCUGA